AUGGGGGUCGCGCCGGGCGCGGGGGCGCGGUGCGGUACCCGGGGUGCGGUGCCCGCGGUGCGAAGCGGAGCGGUGUCCGGGGUGCGGAGCGCUGCCCGCGAGCGGCCUCGCUCGCGGGCGGCGCGCGACCCCCCCCCCGUGACACCCCCGCGCGGGCUCCGCGGCGCGAGGCCCCUCAGCCCUCACGGGCCCCUCACCCUCCUCGGCCCCCUCAGACCCCUCUGCCCCCUCACUCUCUUCAGCCCCGCGGCCGCCUCGCCACCUCCCUCCCUCCCUCCCUCCCUCCCUUCCUCCCUCCCCACUCCGCUGGUGCCUCUUCCCCGUCCGUUAAGCGCCGGUGCUGGGAAAUCCUCCAGUGGUGGCGGAAGUGUGUGUGUGUGGGGGCGUGUGGCACAUCCCUGGUAUUGGGGGCUUCAGGGGCUCGGCUCCCCCAGGCCCAGGAGGCAGGUGAAACCCUCGGUUUGUGGGUUAGCGAAGGCAGGUAGCUCAGGAAGGAGAGGUCACGCUUGUCUCAAGCGCCCGGAGAGAGGGCAGCCACCUGCCGCCCUGGGGACCUGGAGCAGUGGUCCAGGAGGUUGUGAGUCUGGAAAACACGAGGCAGCCCUGGACAACUGUAGCUCUACCUUUAAGUGCUGUGACAGUGAAUUACUGAGCAAGCGGGAACAUUCUGAUGCAAGUGAUAUUGAGGAAAACCUGUGCAAUUAUCCAGCUGUACUUACACCGUUAAGGGAGGUCAUUCUGGAUCACAGGGAGGCCCUUCCAAGCAAUAAAAUUCUGUGUUAUCAUUCUCCCAAGGCAGAGUGGAGGUAUAAAGCAGCUAUGUCAGUCAACAACUUCUGUGCCAAGAAAUGGGGAAGAGUUGCUUUAAGGCCGCAAGAUCGUUAUGCAGUCAUCAGACUUCCAUGUGGCAGUGGUAGUAAAUCCAGUAUAGGGAUCAAAUCCUUAAAUAUGUACAAGAACCUAAAUCCUUUCCAUCUCUGGCCCAGGAACAGUAUCUCUACUGGAGGGUUGUGGUGUCGCGGUACUUCCAAGAAAACAGAGCUCUAAAGGAUGUGAUCGAUGGUAGUAACUCUGCUUCUGCAGCCUGUGGAAAGUACCCACACCAGUCAGCACACAAGGAGGUGGGUGGACUAACACAGAGCUCACUGCUGAACUACUGAACUUGGCAGCUCCCUGGCUCCUGCACAUGCAAAACAUUUGAAUUUCCUGUUGGCUCAGAGAAUUGCAGCAUCACAGAAUAGGCCAAGUUGGAAGAGACCCACAAGAAUCAUCGAGUGCAACUCCCACUCCUGCCCAGGACCAUCCCCAAGAGUCAAACCAGGUGCCUGAAAGUAUUGUCCAAACGUUUCUUGAACUCUGUUGGGCUUUGUGCUGUGACCACCUCUCUGGGAAGACUUUUCCAACACCCAACCACCCUCUGGGUGAAGAACCACUUUCUAGUAUCCAACCUAAACCUCUCUGGCACAACUU